UAGUAAUUUACAAUCUGUGUGAACUUCUGCCUUUCCCUUCUUCUCCGGUGAUCGGUCUUCUCCCUUCCAAUUCAUGGCUGCUUCUAGCUCCGGCAACUCCAUUCCCGCUUCCGAGGCAGUUCAAGUUAUGGUCUCAUCUUUAGCUGAUGACUCUCCAUCGGUCAGAGAAGCCUCCAUGUCUGCUCUCAAGGAUAUUACUUCCUUGAACCCACUUCUGGUUCUUGAUUGCUGCCUAACUGUUUCUAGAGGUGGACGCCGGAGGUUUGGGAAUAUAGCUGGUUUAUUUCAAGUAAUAUCCGUGGCAAUUCGUGCCUUGGAUAAGGGGGAUGUAGAUCCUGCUUUCAUGAUGAAGCUUGCCAAGAUUGCAACAGCUGAGGUCAUUUCAACAAAGGAAUUGAAUGCUGAUUGGCAAAGAGCUGCUGCUGGUGUCCUCGUAUCAGUUGGUUCACAUCUGCCUGAUCUAAUGAUGGAAGAAAUAUUUCUCCAUUUCUCUGGUUCAAAUUCAGCUCUACCUGCAAUGGUUCAAAUACUUGCAGACUAUGCAUCAUCUGAUGCUUUGCAGUUUACUCCACGAUUAAAAGGUGUUCUGGCACGAGUCGUACCCAUUCUUGGGAAUGUGAAGGAAAUAUACAGGCCAAUCUUUGCAAAUGCAUUUAAAUGUUGGUGUCAGGCCUGCUGGCAGUAUAGCGUGGAUUUCUCACUGUCUACAAUCCUUGAUACCGAUGUCGUAUCUUUUCUUAACUCUGCCUUUGAGCUCCUACUAAGAGUCUGGGCAACGUCACGGGAUCUUAAGGUUCGCUUGUCUGCUGUGGAAGCUUUAGGUCAGAUGGUUGGUCUUAUUACAAGAACACAGUUAAAAGCGGCUUUACCGAGACUUGUUCCAACUAUAUUGGAACUGUAUAAGAGAGAACAAGAUGCUGCAUUCGUCGCCACCUGUAGUCUUCACAGUUUGUUAAAUGCCUCGUUACUCUCUGAUAGUGGGCCUCCCUUGCUUGAUUUUGAGGACCUCACUGUUGUUUUGUCAACUCUGCUAAUAGUUUGCAGCAAUAAUGACAAAAAGGAACAUUCAGAUUUUCCAGUGGGCCUGAAGACUUAUAAUGAAGUUCAGCAUUGCUUUCUAACAGUUGGUUCGGUGUACCCUGAGGAUUUGUUUGUGUUCCUUCUCAAUAAAUGCAGGCUGAAAGAAGAACCAUUCACUUUUGGUUCCCUUUGUGUUUUAAAGCAUCUAUUGCCCAGAUUGGCCGAGUCUUGGCAUAAUAAACGGCCUAUCUUAAUUGAAUCAGUGAAGCUGUUAAUAGAUGAACGCAAUUUAGGGGUUCGUAAAGCUCUUGCAGAGUUGAUUGUUGUUAUGGCUUCCCACUGUUACUUGGUUGGUUCCUCUGGAGAGUUGUUCAUUGAAUAUCUUGUACGCCAUUGUGCAAUGCCAGAUCUGGAGAAUGUUGAACAUCAAAGUUUUAAGGAGUCAUCUAGGUUUUCUGGCAAUUAUUACCCUUUUGUAUAUAGAAAAUUGGAGUUCAAGGCUGGAGCUGUCUCUCCAACAGAACUAAGGGGUAUCUGUGAAAAGGGUCUUCUUCUAAUAACUGUUACUGUUCCUGAAAUGGAGCAUGUUCUCUGGCCAUCUCUAUUGAAAAUGAUUAUACCGCGAGUUUACACUGGUGCAGUGGCAACAGUCUGCCGAUGCAUCUCAGAGUUGUGCAGGCGCAGAUCCUCUGAAAGUAACGCGAUGCUUUCCGAGUGUAAGGCUCGCACUGAUAUUCCAAACCCUGAGGAACUUUUUGCUCGCUUAGUGGUACUUCUGCAUAAUCCUCUGGCAAGAGAGCACUUGGUAACUCAAAUCUUGAGUGUCCUGUGGUACCUAGCACCUCUCUUUCCCAAGAACAUUAACUCUUUUUGGCAAGAUGAGAUUCCAAAGAUGAAAGCAUAUGUGAGUGACACUGAAGACCUAAAGCAGGAUCCUUUAUAUCAAGAAUCUUGGGAUGACAUGAUUAUCAGUUUUCUUGCCGAAUCUCUGGAUGUGAUUCAGAAUGUUGAUUGGGUGCUAUUGCUUGGAAAUACAUUUGCAAGGCAAUAUGAACUUUAUAAAUCUGAUAAUGAGCACUCUGCAUUGCUUCAUCGGUGCCUUGGCGUUUUGCUGCAGAAAGUUCAUGAUAGAGCUUAUGUUCGUGCUAAAAUUGAUCUGAUGUAUAGACAAGCCAAUAUUGCUGUCCCCACAAAUAGGCUUGGUUUAGCUAAAGCCAUGGGCUUGGUUGCAGCAUCACACUUGGAUACAGUUUUAGAUAAGCUAAAAGGCAUUCUUGACAACGUUGGUCAAAGUAUCUUACAAAGAGUUCUUUCUUUUUUCUCAGAUAGAGCUAAAAUGGAAGAAUCUGAUGAUACUCAUGCUGCAUUGGCAUUGAUGUAUGGAUAUGCUGCUAAGUAUGCUCCUCCAACCGUUAUUGAAGCCAGAAUAGAUGCACUUGUGGGAACUAAUAUGCUUUCACGGCUACUUCAUGUACGCCAUCCCAGAGCAAAGCAGGCUGUUAUCACUGCUAUUGAUUUACUAGGUCAGGCUGUAAUCGGUGCAUCUGAAAGCGGUAUAUCAUUCCCACUAAAAAGAAGAGACCUAUUACUUGACUAUAUAUUAACUUUAAUGGGCCGAGAUGAGGAAGAAGGAUUUUCUGAUUCUAACAUUGAGCUCUUACACACCCAGUCCCUUGCUUUAAGCGCCUGCACUACGCUAGUUUCUGUGGAGCCAAAACUGACUACUGAAACAAGAAAUCUUAUUAUGAAGGCCACUAUUGGAUUUUUUGGUCUUCCAAAUGAUCCUUCUGAUGUUAUUAAUCCCCUUAUAGACAAUCUCAUUACUCUUCUAUGCACGAUACUGGUCACAAGUGGAGAAGAUGGCAGGAGUCGAGCAGAGCAGCUAUUGCAUAUUCUGAGAAAUAUUGAUCCAUUUGUUUCCUCUUCUUUGGAGUACCAAAGAAAAAGAGGGUGUCUAGCAGCUCAUGAGCUGCUCAUCAAGUUUCGGGCAAUUUGUGUUAAUGGAUACUGCGCACUGGGCUGUCAGGGUAGUUGCAGUCAUAGCAAACAAAUUGACCAUGCUGCUAAUCGCAAUCUCUCCAAUUUACCAUCUGCAUUUUUUUUACCAAGUCGUGAUGCUUUGUCAUUGGGAGAGCGAAUAAUGGUGUAUCUGCCUCGCUGCAUAGAUACAAAUUAUGAAGUUAGGAAAGUCUCUGUUCAGAUUCUAAAUCUAUUUUUCAGUAUAUCGUUCUCCCUGCCUAAGCCCAUAAAUUCUAGUCUUGGAAUCGAUAUAGAGCUGUCUUACAUUGCUUUGUCAUCCCUUGAGGAUGUUGUGGCUAUCUUAAGAAGUGAUGCUUCAAUAGAUCCAUCAGAGGUGUUCAACCGGGUUGUUUCAUCUGUUUGUACCUUGCUGAAUAAGGAUGAGCUUGUUGCUGCUCUACAUGGUUGCUCUGGAGCUAUAUGUGACAAGAUCAAGCAGUCUGCUGAAGGUGCUAUUCAAGCAGUGGUUGAGUUUGUUACAAACAGGGGAAAUGAGUUGAAUGAGAAUGAAGUUUCAAGGACAUCGCAAUCAUUGCUCACUGCUGUGGUUCAUGUAACAGAGAAGUAUUUACGUCAGGAAGCUCUUGGAGCUAUAUGUUCUUUAGCUGAAAACACAACCUCAAAAGUUGUGUUCACUGAAGUAUUAGCUGCUGCAGGACGAGAUAUGGUGACAAAAGAUAUACACAGACUGCGUGGUGGUUGGCCAAUACAGGAUGCUUUCCAUGCAUUUUCACAGCAUUUGGUACUUUCACAUUCAUUUCUGGAGCAUGUGAUAUCUGUCAUCAAUCAAUCUCCUGCACUGAAAGGUGGUGGUAGUGGGAAAGGAGAGAGUUCCAGGAAUUCUGUUGAUGGUAGCAUAGAGGAUGAUGUUUCACGUGCAGCAGUAGUGGCUCUCACUGCUUUCUUCAGAGGUGGUGGUAAAUUUGGGAGAAAAACUGUUGAGCAAAGUUAUGCCUCUGUGCUUGCAACACUUACUCUUCACUUGGGAACCUGCCAUGGUUUAGCUAGCUCUGGGGAUCAAGAACCACUCCGUGCCCUGUUGAAUGCAUUUCAAGCUUUCUGUGAAUGUGUUGGUGAUCUUGAGAUGGGAAAGAUUUUGGCUAGGGGUGGAGAGCAAAAUGAAAAUGAGAAGUGGAUAAAUCUUAUUGGGGAGCUUGCUGGAAGCAUCUCUAUAAAAAGACCAAAGGAGGUACCGACAAUAUGUUUGUUCUUAAGUAAGUCAUUGGAUCGACCCCUAAGAGUGCAGAGGGAAGCUGCUGCUGCAGCAUUAUCAGAGUUUUUGCGCUAUAGUGAUGGCUUUGGUCCUCUAUUGGAGCAGAUGGUUGAAGCAUUGUGCUGGCAUGUUUCAGAUGACUCUCCGACAGUGAGGCGUCUCUGUCUAAGAGGACUUGUUCAGAUGCCAUCUAUCCAUGUCCUUCAGUACACUACUCAGAUUCUUGGGGUAAUAUUAGCUUUACUGGAUGAUUCAGAUGAGUCGGUUCAGUUAACUGCAGUUUCAUGCUUAUUGAUGGUUCUUGAGUCGUCCUCCACUGAUGCUGUGGAACCUGUACUGCUCAACCUUUCAAUUCGGCUCCGUAAUCUUCAAGUUUGCUUGAAUGCAAAGAUUCGAGCCAAUGCCUUUGCAGCAUUUGGUGCACUCAGCAGCUAUGGAGCAGGAUCAAUACUAGAUUCAUUUCGUGAACAGAUUCAUGCUGCCUUCCCACGUAUGGUUUUACAUCUUCAUGAUGAUGAUCUUGGUGUCCGACAAGCAUGCCGGAACACUCUAAAAUGUAUUGCUCCAUUGAUUGAAAUUGAUGCAAUCCCUGCUCUUCUCAAUACACAUCGGUUUAGUUCAGACCAUAGGAGUGACUAUGAAGACUUCUUGAGAGACCUUGCAAGGCAACUAACUCAGAAUCUUGGCCCCCGAGUAGAUACUUACUUGUCAGCAAUAAUACAGGCAUUUGAUGCUCCCUGGCCAGUUAUUCAAGCCAAUGCGGUUUAUUUGUGUAGUAGCAUGCUUUCUCUUUCAGAUAACAAAAACAUCUCAGCCCUCUACUACAGUCAGGUAUUUGGAGUAUUGGUUGGCAAGGCGAGCCAUUCAACAGACGCAAUUGUUAGGGCGACUUGCUCUGCAGCACUAGGCCUGUUACUAAAAUCGCCCAAUUCAAGCUCAUGGAGGGAUGCUCGCUUGAACAAGUGAACUCCACAAGGAUCCAUGAAUUAUAAGAAUCUACGUUAAACGAAUAUAAUAGAAACCGAAACCAUAGUAAGGGGCAUCUAUCGGCUAUGACUACUACGCGAUUGUAUGAUAUUGCAGUCUAAUUGAGUGCAGAAUCAUACUGAGAAGAUUCUUGUUGGUUUAAUCUCUCUGUGCACGCACUUGUACAGCUGCCAACCAUGUAUUUUGGUCUGUUCAUUUUGUCUAGAAGCGCUUGUACUCUCUUAAUUGUAUAGUGAAUAAAAGGUGUGUAUUUGUUGAAACAAGAACCAUUUGUGAGAUUCAUGACCAGAAAUCUCCAUGAUGUGUUUGCUUCCAGAACCUAUAUAUUCAUCUUGUCAUCUUGCUAAUGCAA